GAACAGAUAAAUCUUCAGAAGACGGAGACCUUGGCUGCCCCUGUUUUCAUCUAGAACUUUCCAUUGAGUACAGUUAUACUUACUGAUUGUUGGAGGAGACAUCAUCAUGGGUUUGCUCACCAUCUCCACCAUCCUCUACACCAUCUUCUCUUUCAGUGGAGCUUUCUGGGUGCCAGAAGUGCUCCAAAAUGAAACUAAAAGUCUGGAACCUUCCAUAGGAUUUUCUUCAGAAUUGAACAUCCCUACAGCCAAUUGCCCUGGUGGUUGGCAUCAGUAUCAUUCACGCUGCUUCUACUUUGAAGGACAACCAAAAUCAUGGGUGGAUGCACAGAACAACUGCAUCCAUUUAAAAGGGACUUUGGCAUCCAUCCACAGUUUUGAAGAGUACCAGUUUGUGCAGAGAGUCACAGGCAGCCAUUUUCCUCGCGCCUGGAUUGGUGCAUUUGAUGCUGUAAAGGUAGGAACCUGGCUCUGGAUUGAUGGGACUCCUUUUGACUUUACCAAAUGGAACCCCGGAGAACCGAAUAACCCUGGAGUAGAAGACUGUGCAGAGAUUAACUAUGGAGCUGAAAAGGGAUGGAACAACCUACGAUGUAUGACACUGUUGCCUUCUGUCUGUGCCAAACUGCGUUAGUUUCCUCACUGUCUGGACAGUGCCUGCAAGAUCAUUGUUUUUUUUUCCUUAUUGUCUUAGCAAUGUGUAACAGUUUCUCACAAAAGAUUCUUUGCACAUUCUUUACACUGUAUACCUGUGUAAACCUUUAGCUAUAAUAAAUGCUUCUGCUAUAGCAUCAAAUUA